AUGAAAACUGAUGUCGUGGCCCAAAUCGAAGUCAUACCCUGCAAGAUCUGCGGGGACAAGUCAUCCGGGAUCCACUACGGAGUCAUCACCUGUGAAGGCUGCAAGGGGUUCUUCCGAAGGAGCCAACAGAACAAUGCCUCCUACUCCUGCCCCCGGCAGAGGAAUUGUUUAAUCGACAGGACAAACAGGAAUCGAUGUCAACACUGCCGCCUGCAGAAGUGUCUCGCCCUCGGAAUGUCUAGAGAUGCGGUGAAGUUCGGGCGCAUGUCUAAGAAGCAGAGGGACAGCCUGUACGCGGAGGUGCAGAAGCACCAGCAGAGGCUGCAGGAGCAGCGGCAGCAGCAGACGGGCGAGGCCGAGGCUCUGGCCCGCGUCUACAGCAGCAGCCUGUCCAACGGCCUCAGCAACCUCAACACCGAGAUCGGCGGCACCUACGCCAACGGGCACGUCAUCGACCUGCCCAAACCGCCGCCCGGCAACGGCUUCUACGGCGUGGACUCCACCCAGCCCUCGCCCGACCAGUCCGGGCUGGACAUGGCGGGCAUGAAGCAGAUCAAGCAGGAGCCCAUCUACGACCUCACCCCCGUGCCAAAUCUCUUCGCCUACAACUCCUACCCCGACGGGCAGCUGGCGCCCGGAGUCACCAUGACCGAGCUCGAUCGAAUCGCGCAGAACAUCAUCAAGUCCCACCUGGAGACGUGCCAGUACACUGCCGAGGAGCUGCAACAGCUGGCCUGGCAGACGCACACGUACGAGGAGGUCAAGAUGUACCAGAGCAAGACGCGGGACAUGCUUUGGCAGCAGUGCGCCAUCCAGAUCACACACGCGAUACAGUACGUGGUCGAGUUUGCCAAACGCAUCACUGGCUUCAUGGAGCUCUGUCAAAAUGACCAGAUCCUCCUCCUCAAAUCAGGUUGCCUGGAGGUCGUCUUGGUACGAAUGUGUCGGGCAUUCAACCCCCUGAACAACACGGUCCUGUUUGAGGGGAAGUACGGGGGCAUGCAGAUGUUCAAGGCCCUAGGCUGUGAUGACCUGGUCAGCGCCGUCUUCGAUUUCGCCAAGAGCCUGUGCUCCCUGGCGCUGACCGAGGAGGAGAUCGCCCUGUUCUCCGCCGCCGUCCUCAUCUCCACAGACCGUCCCUGGCUGAUGGAGCCCCGUAAAGUGCAGAAACUCCAGGAGAAAAUCUACUUCGCCCUGCAACACGUCAUGCAGAAGAACCACCUGGACGAGGACGCGCUGGCCAAACUGAUCGGCAGGAUCCCCACGUUAUCAGCGCUUUGUACGCUGCACACGGAGGAGCUCCGGACCUUCCAGCAGCUGCACCCCGAAACCGUCAACAUGCUCUUCCCCCCCCUGUACAAAGAGCUCUUCAACCCAGACUCUUCCACCGGGCCCAAGUGA